AUGUUUCUGCCCAUUCUUAGGUGCCGUGUAGUUUUCUUGAUUUAUCUUAGUAUGUCUCGGACUAACAAAAGUCAUAGGCCACCGGGUUUGAGAGGAAAAGAGAUAGGCCUUUGGCAUGCUGCUCAAUCGAAAAACAGAUGUAAAGGUCAUUUGGACUACCAGAAUAAGUUUGCUUCUAUGCCUCUUGUCGGCCUGAAUCUUCCGAAGAUUCAGUCAGUUAUACAAGAAUUUGUGGAGCCUGUUCAUGAAAUCCCCAAAACUAGUAAUGAACAUAUUUCAUUCAUGUGUAAACUCCCAACUCUCAGUACUUCAAAACAAACUCCCGAAGAGGACGAAGCAGAAGAAUUAUUUGGAGAGAUUCGAGAUUGCUUUGAUGUCUCAGUGGGUCCAUGCUCUGAUCCUGAUCAAAUGUUAUUAACAAAAGAAAGCUUGGCUCGAAAUCCAGACAUUGAUCAUGAGCUCUGUCUUUCAAUGCGGAACUGCAUAAGUUCUGCUGCCUACAUGAAAAUUUUCGAAUCCAGGUGUAAACUUCCAGCAUACGAAUUCAAAGAAGAUAUUGUUUCAACUAUUCGAGAUAACCAAGUUGUUAUAAUAAGCGGUGAAACAGGUUGUGGGAAGACUACACAGGUUCCACAGUUUAUUUUGGAAGAUCAGGUCUUAGGUGGAAAUGGGUCUGUUACGCGUAUCAUUGUAACACAACCUCGGCGUAUAAGUGCUGUUUCGGUUGCUGAACGUGUAGCAACUGAAAGAGGACAGUCUAUAGGAUCUUCCGUUGGCUAUCAGGUCCGAUUAGAACGCCGAUAUCCUCAACGUCCUCAUGGAUCUAUCAUGUUUUGUACGACAGGAAUUAUUCUUCAAUGGUUUCGUUCUGAUGCACUUCUAAAGAACAUCAGUCAUAUCAUUGUUGAUGAAGUACAUGAACGGGAAUUUUUGUGUGAUUUUCUAUUGUGUAUGCUAAAACGAAUUGCUCCUCUUCGUCCAGAUCUUCGAAUCGUUCUCAUGUCGGCAACAAUCAAUGCAGAAAAAUUCGUUGAAUAUUUUGACAAUUGUCCUAAAUUUGAAAUUCCCGGUAGAACUUUCCCAGUGAAGACAUAUUAUUUAGAAGAUGUUUUGAGAGAAACUAAGUUUUGGCUGCCAAAUAAUGCUAUAACUACUUUAUGCCGUGAUCAAUCACGUACAUUAAAACAGCGCCUUUUAAAAUCUAAUCUUUCAAAAAAAGAAGCUCGCAUAUUAUCUUAUGGAAAAAGCCCAGAAUUCAAUAAGUGGUUGCAUUCAUUAACAGGAUUAUCUUCUAAUGCAAUAGAAAUUUUACGUAGUGUUGGAGAAGAUGCCUAUCCUCAAACCGAUCUUAUUGCACAUUCAGUUGAGCAUAUUUUACAGAAUACACAAUCGGGUGCAAUACUUGUCUUUGUUCCAGGUCUUGUCGACAUAAAAGAUGUAAUCAGAUGUUUACGUGACUUAAAUCCAAGACGAUAUGAUGAUCGUUAUGGAAGUGUUAGAAUAUAUCCAUUACAUUCAAGAAUUCCCACAUCUAGAGAUCGCUCACUGUUCGAACCCUCACCAAAAGAUCAAAGAAAAGUGAUUAUAGCAACUAAUAUUGCUGAAACAAGCAUAACCAUUCAAGACGUAGUUUAUGUGAUUGAUUGUGGUCGUAUCAAAGUGACGGAUUAUGAUCCGAGGCAGAACACAUCAACUUUGACUGCGAUCCUUGUUAGCAAAGCCAAUGCAGCUCAGCGUUCUGGAAGAGCUGGACGUGUACAGCCUGGCAUCUGUUAUCAUUUAUUCCCAAGUUAUGUGUACAAUAAUGUUAUGUCAGAUUUCCUACAACCAGAAAUGUUACGUGUCCGUUUAGAAGAUGUGAUUUUAAGAAUAAAAUUGCUAGGCCUCGGUCGUGUAAAGUCUUUCUUAAUCCAUUGUCUUGAUUCUCCUUCUGAAGAUGCUAUCUCAAAAACUUUGAUAUUUCUUAGACAAAUUCAAGCUUUGAAAUUAAUCAAAUCAGAAACAUCGAAUUUUAAUACAUCUCAUUCAAUAAAAUCUCAUGAAAAAGGUCAUAAAGUCAAUCGAAAGUCUCUUCGAGAAUUUUCAGAGGCUAUUAAAAAAGAUGUAAAUGCUAUUGGUGUAGAUUCUUUGGAUUCUAGUUGUAUCCAUUUAGAUUCAGCAGAUGAAGAUGACGAUGAGUUAACUCCUCUUGGUGUACACUUAGCCAAUUUCCCACUGGAUCCACAAUGUGCUAAGCUUUUAAUUUUCGGUGCAUUAUUUGGUUGUUUAGAACCAAUUUUAGCUGUCGCUUCGUGCUUAACAUUUCGUGAUCCAUUUGAAGUACCUUUAGAGAAACAACAAGAGGCUGACCGAUGCCGAAUAGAAUUGUCUCAGAACUCUUUAAGCGACCAUUGGGUAUUUGCUACAGUUAUUCAAAGUUAUCAAGGACUUAAUUCACAAAUCGAACGUCAUCAAUUUUGUAAAAGAUAUUUUCUAAAUGAACGUACCAUAAAGGAUAUUAUUCGACUUAUGAAUGACUAUGCACAAUUGUUAUAUGAACGAAGGUAUAUUGCCACUCCGAAACCUAAUGAUUCGAAUGCAAACUGUAAUCAAUGGAAUAUCAAUCUUUUCCGAGCAAUAAUGUGUGCAGCACUAUAUCCAAAUAUUGUAAAACUGGAUCCAAGAUUUACUAAAGAGGGCAAACCUAAACUACCGGUCAUUAUGGCUUGUCCAUCUGAGGGUAGAGCAAAUAUUCAUCCAUCGUCAGUAAAUAGUAAAAUUCAACCAACUGAGCCUAUAUGGAUGGUUUAUUUUACAAAAACUAAGCUUGAAUCAGGAUCUUAUCCAUCCAUAUUCGAUUCAACUGUCAUAUCACUGAGACCUUUGUUACUUUUCAGCGGUAAUAUAGAAAUUUCAAAGAAUGAUACAAGUCUUUUCACCAUUGAUCAAUGGAUUAAAUUCAGCGGGGAGUUAAAAGUAGUCAAUUUAUUGAAAGAUUUACGGAAAUGCAUGGAUGGACUGUUGGAACAGAAGUUUAAAAGUCCUAGUGUGGUUAACUGGGAUAGAACAAAUAACGAAGGACGACUCCUUCAAACUAUUGUGGAUCUAUUAACAAGUGAACCCCCGCCAGCUGUUCAAGUUGAGAAAUUAAACCUAA